AUGUCUAUCAAGUUCUUAGGUUUUCCUGAAGUGAAGAAAUGGAUAUGCAAAACGAUUGGCCUUCUUUGCAGUUAUUUGGCAUGGGUUUUUGGGGUAAGCCUAGCCAACAGCAAAUCCUGGCGCAUAUGGGAAUUCAAGAGCAAGAAGGUUCGGUUUGUGUUCAUUGGACUUUGGGAAGCUUAUUAUUAUCAAAAGCUUAAUGUCUCUGGUACAAUUGUUGAUUUUCCAAUGCACAGCACUAUCAACAAGAGCUGGGUCAUUUCGAUUGAACUUCAAUAUGGGCAGGACCUAAUGUUGUUGGCUAAUUUUAUGAAGACAGUAGUCUUGGUUUUCACCUCAAUGGCCAUCAUGCUAAACUGGAUCAAAGCCCCAUUCCCAGAUUACCUGAAAAUGUGUUACAAUAUCUCAUCCUUCUAUCUUUUCCUGAGCUGUGGUUGUACAGCUGGUGCAGUGAGCUGGAACUUUGCCAAGGAUUUUUAUGGCCAGACAACCCUUGACUUUCCAACUACCUUUCCUGUUAGCAAACGAUAUCUAAUAAAGAAGCACUUCUCCUAUGUAUUCCCACUAGGAAUCCUGACUGCCACCUUCUCAUUUGUCAGUGCCUGCAUGUUUCUCUUUGAGAUAUGCUUAUUGAAAAGGAACCAAGUGAAGCCCAUGGUUGUGGGAAAACAUUCAUAG